AAUAUACUAUUUCAUUAUCGGUUGUACAGAAAAGCAAUCCAACGAACUGCAUGCGCUUACUUCACCAUGAGUAAGAAAAUAGAAUUCACUAGCCUCGAAUGACGAUUGAAACAAAUUUGCCUCGACAAAACAGCAUUUCACAAUUGUUUAAAUAGAAUUAGGUAGCGGUGACUUUUGCUCGCAGUCGUAUUUUAUUUUACGCAGAUCGCGCGCUUAUCCACGCUACUACGGCGGCAACCGCGUGGCGCCACAUACUGCAGACGAUGUGUUCGUUAUCCACGCCGCUCGGCGAUUUUCGAGACAACAUGACAAGUCGUACGCGAGCCUCGUAUUCGUGUACACAUUCAGCAGAUUGCACACCGCGCAGAUUUUCUAAUUAACGGUGCAUAAAUCCAAUCUUACCGAUACAAAAUGACCUACUCGAGCUCGUGGGAGGAAUUCGAAAAGGUCGCCGAACGCCUGUACUUGCAGAAUCCGAUGAAGACGAGGUACACGAUGAAGUACUGCCAUCAAAAAGGAGUUCUCGACUUCAAGAUCACCGACGACAAAACGUGUCUACAAUACAAGACUGAAGUUGCCCAAGACGUGAAGAAAAUGGAAAAGUUUAUUAAAAACUUGAUGCGACACAUGGCAUCCAAAGACAACUAAAGUGUCAAUUUGUAAAUAAAGUGUAAAUAAAGUGUAAUUUUGUACAUAAAAAACUGAUGAUCAUCCAUUUUUUGUGCAAAGAAAAGUUGUGUCGCUGUAAUGCUUCUUCUGAUGUGUAAACACUUUUCUAAUAUCCUACUUGAAAGUUGAAUCUGUGUCAUGUUAGAAGUUUGUUACCAAUACGAUGAAGUCAUUUUACAUCCAGUAUGUAUCAAUUAGGAUCUUCAUAGAAGAUAUUGCAUAGAACAUCCAUUGUAGAUAGAUCUCUUUCUACAGAUAAAUUGUCACAAAAGAAUACUUUCAAUUCGAUAGAUGUAAAAUUAGAAUAGAGAAAAAUGUAUACUUUUGCAAGAAAAUUUAUGUGUCAAUUAUAAACAAUGGCUCUGUACAAUACUUCAGCCUAUUUUGUUGAAUAUUUCACAAAGUUUAUAGCGAUGCUAAAUGCCUUUGAGAAUAUUUUUUUUUUAUAAAUUGUGGAACAUGUUAAAACUUCUGAUAUUUCAGGAAAAUAUUGUUAGUUUUUUUGUCAUUAGAUUUUUUGUUGUGGUAUAUUGUUAUUUAUUUAUUAUAAAUUUCAUUAAAAAUUACUUGAUGUAUCACCAAGUCAUUAUGUAUUAAUAAUGUACUUGCUAUGAUAAUCAUAGCAACAUCUUGAAAUCAUUUAAUAGAACA